UCUGCGGCUGCGGCACCGCCCCUCCCUCCCUCCAGCGCAGGCGGGCGCUGGAUCCCAGGUCGAUCCAGGCCGGGUUUUGCGGCGAAGUCCGCGCGUGCUGAUUCCUCUUCGGUUUCCCUCGGCAGCUGUCGGCGGCGGGAUAUCAUGGUGCUGGAUGAACUGUGGGACGCGCUCUCCGGCCCCUCCGGGGCUACCCUGGCUUGCUGCUUGGUGGCGGCGGCCUUGGCCCUGCGCUGGUCCAGUCACCGGACGGCGCGGGGCGCGGCGGCCCGGGCACGACAGAAGCAGCAAGCGGCCCUGGAGACCAUGGACAAGGCGGCGCAGCGCUUCCGUCUCCAGAACCCUGACCUGGACUCAGAGGCACUGCUGGCCCUGCCUCUGCCUCAACUGGUACAGAAGCUACAGAGUGGGGAGCUGUCUCGGGAGGCCGUGCUCUUCACCUACUUGGGAAAGGCCUGGGAAGUGAACAAAGGGACUAACUGUGUGACUACCUACCUGGCAGACUGUGAGACUCAGCUGUGCCAGGUCCCAAGGCAGGGCCUGCUCUACGGCGUCCCAGUGAGCCUCAAGGAGUGCUUCAGCUACAAGGGCCAGGACUCGACAUUGGGCUUGAGCCUGAACGAGGGGGCGCCAGCAGAGUGUGACAGCGUGGUGGUGCAGGUGCUGAAGCGGCAGGGGGCCUUGCCCUUCGUGUACACCAAUGUCCCCCAGUCCAUGUUCAGCUAUGACUGUUGUAACCCCCUCUUUGGCCAGACCGUGAACCCAUGGAAGUCUUCCAAGAGCCCAGGUGGCUCCUCAGGGGGUGAGGGGGCCCUCAUUGCGGCUGGGGGCUCCCUACUGGGCUUAGGCACCGACAUCGGAGGAAGCAUUCGCUUUCCCUCUGCCUUCUGUGGCAUCUGCGGCCUCAAACCCACAGGGAACCGCAUCAGCAAGAGUGGCCUGAAGGGCUGUGUCUAUGGACAGGUAGCAGUACAGCUCUCGGUCGGCCCCAUGGCCUGGGACGUGGAGAGCCUGGCGCUGUGCCUGCGAGCGCUGCUGUGUGAGGACAUGUUCCACCUGGACCCCUCCGUGCCCCCCCUGCCCUUCAGGGAGGAGGUCUACACAAGCUCUCAGCCCCUGCGUGUGGGGUAUUAUGAGACUGACAACUAUACCAUGCCCACCCCGGCCAUGACACGGGCCCUGCUGGAGACCAAGAAGAGACUCGAAGCUGCUGGCCACACGCUGGUUCCCUUCCUGCCAAGCAACAUACCCCAUGCUGUGGAGACCCUGUCGAUGGGUGGGCUGUUCAGUGACGGUGGCAAGAGCUUCCUACAGAACUUCAAAGGUGAUUUCGUGGACCCCUGCUUGGGAGACCUGAUCUCAACUCUGAGGAUGCCCAGCUGGCUUAAGGGACUGCUGGCUUUCAUGCUAAGGCCUCUGCUCCCAAGGUUGUCAACCUUUCUCAACAGCAUCAAGUCUCGGUCAGCUGGAAAGCUCUGGGAACUGCACCACGAGAUUGAGGUGUACCGUCGCUCUGUGAUUGCCCAGUGGAGAGCAGUGGAGCUGGAUGUGCUGCUCACCCCCAUGCUGGGCCCUGCUCUAGACUUGAAUGGCCCAGGCAAGGCCACAGGGGCCAUCAGCUACACUGUGCUCUACAACUGCCUGGACUUCCCUGCGGGGGUAGUGCCUGUCACCACGGUGACCGCUGAGGACGAGGCCCAGUUGGAGCAUUACAAGGGCUACUUUGGGGAUAUCUGGGACAAGGCGCUGCGGAAGAACGUGAAGAAGAGCGUGGGCCUGCCUGUGGCUGUGCAGUGCGUGGCUCUGCCGUGGCAGGAAGAGCUGUGUCUGCGGUUCAUGCGGGAGGUGGAGCGACUGAUGACCCCCGAGAGGCAGCCAUGCUGACUGCCGCCGCCUGGCCCUAGAGGACCUGAGACCCACUGGAGCCACGCCCAGCGUAGUCAGGGCACAGCUGCCACCCUGGAGGAAGUGUUCAGCCUGGGGCAGAGGCUUCCAAGUCCCUCCCCCUCGCCCCUGCAAGAAGCCCAAACCCGCUGAGUCUGGACCUCGCUCCCUCCCCUGUUCCCCUCCCUGCCCUGACACCCCCAACGUGGCAGCCCGUGGGCAUGACAUGGGCAAAGGCCCGCUAACAGUCAAGAAUCGGUUCCUGGUCUGUCCUUUCUGGAAGUCAUCGUUAGGGCACUGGGGGUUGGAGACCCGACCUUCUAGAACCUGACUCCAGCCACGUCAGUCUCCUGCUCCAAAACCUCCUCUGGUUCCUGUCACUCGCAGGAUGGACACAAGCUUCUCAGGAUGGGCGAUGCGGCCCCAGCACUUCACACCCACCCCUCCCACCCCCC